UAGAGCGGGCGGGUGGAGGAGCCCGAGCUGAGCGCGGAGCCGGGCGGAGUGGGCAGCGGCGGCGGGGAUGGCGAGGGCCGGACCGGCGUGGCUGCUGCUCCUGGGCGUCUGGGUGGCCCUGCCCAUAUGGCUGUCCUCAACAAAGGUCUCACUCACGGACAGAAUUGAGAGAAUAUCUGACGCCAAGGAAUUGAAAAAGCUGCUCAGGACCCGGAACAACCUUCUGGUGCUUUACUCCAAGUCUGAGGCUGCCCCUGACAAUCUUCUCACUUUGUUGUCCACCGUGGCCCAGGCGGUAAAAGGACAAGGGACCAUCUGCUGGGUGAACUGUGGUGACGCAGAGAGUAGGAAAUUGUGCAAGAAGAUGAAAAUUGACCUGAGCUCAAAGGACAAAAAGGUGGAAUUAUUCCAUUACCUGGAUGGUGUCUUUCACAUGGACUAUAACCGGGCUCUGACGCUGAAGUCCAUGGUGGCUUUUAUGAAGGAUCCCAAAGGGCCCCCUCUAUGGGAAGAAGAUCCUGGAGCUAAAGAUAUGGUCCACAUUGACAGUGAGAAGGGUUUUCGAAGGCUCCUGAAGAAGGAAGAGAAGCCUCUGUUGGUGAUGUUUUACGCCCCCUGGUGUCCCAAAUGCAAGAGGAUGAAGCUGCCUUUCCAGAAGGCUGCAACGCUGACUCGAGGCCGCUUUGUACUGGCUGGGAUGAACGUCUACCCCUCGGAAUUUGAAACUAUCAAGCAGGAGUACAAUGUGCAAGGCUACCCCACCUUCUGCUAUUUCGAGAAGGGCCAGUUUCUGUUUCACUAUGACCACCAGACCACGAACGCUGAAGAUAUUGUGGAGUGGCUAAAGAAUCCACAGCCGCCACAGCCCCCGGUGCCAGAGGUCCCCUGGGCAGAUGAGGGCGGCUCUGUUUAUCACCUUACCGAUGAAGACUUUGACCGCUUUGUGAAGGAGCACUCCUCUGUCCUCGUCAUGUUCUACGCCCCAUGGUGUGGACACUGCAAGAACAUGAAGCCAGAAUUUGAGAGUGCAGCGAAGGUCCUGCAUGGAGCAGAUAGCUCUGGUGUCCUUGCAGCUGUCGAUGCGACGGUCAACAAGGCCCUGGCAGAAAGAUUCCACAUCUCCGAGUACCCGACUCUGAAGUACUUUAAGAAUGGAGAGAAAAUUUCAGUGCCUGCACUCAGGACAAAGAAGAAUUUUAUCGACUGGAUGCACAACCCCGAGGCCGUCCCUCUGCCAGAGCCCACCUGGGAAGAGCAACAGACCAACGUGUUGCAUCUGACCAAGGACAAUUUCCGGGAGACCCUGAAGAAGAAGAAGCACACCCUGGUCAUGUUCUACGCCCCUUGGUGCCCACACUGUAAGAAGGUCAUCCCCAUCUUCACGGCCACUGCUGAAAGCUUCAGAGAUGAUCGGAAGAUCGCCUGUGCUGCAGUUGACUGCGUCCAAGGAAAGAACCAAGACCUCUGUCAGCAGGAAGCCAUUCAAGGCUACCCCACAUUCCACCACUAUCAUUAUGGGAAGUUGGCAGAGAAGUACAAUGGCGAGCGCACGGAACUUGGAUUCACCAACUUUAUCCGAACUCUCCGGGAAGGAGAUCAUGAGAGACUAGGGAAAAAGAAGGAGGAAUUGUAAUUACUGCUUCCGAGAAAGCAUUUCCAUUACACUGUGAAUGAUACCUGUUGUUCCUUCUGAAUUUCCAUAUGUUCUGAAUACAAAGUUUUUUAUAGCCACU